UGCCUGGGCCGGUUUAAGGGACUGCAUUUCCCUGCGCUGCCAUAGCAACCAGGAAACAACCUCCACUGCAGUGAGAAGGAUGGUGUUGUGGCCGGAUCUGUAGGUGCGCUGGUAACAGAGCAACCGGACCAGGGACAACAAGGCCACAGGCAAAGGGGAGAGAGAGGUUGCCCAGAAAGUAGACAAUCCGGGGCUUGAGGAGUUUGGGUUUGCGAUUUAUUUUUUCUCCAGACAAAGACACACACUGUCUAAACUGUGUGGCCGGCUGUUACUAAGAAGCUGCUGUACGAGGGGGAAAUGCAUUUAAUAAAAAAGGCCCAGUGUUUGUGGUCUCCUCGGGCUCCCUGCUGCGCUCAGGAAAUCUUGAGGUGUGACCAGCUUUCUGCCUUCAAACCCAAGAUGAACUGCCCUUGAGAAGGGUGGUCAGAGGGAAAACAUGUUCCCGCUCUCUGCCCUGAGCCGGGGGCACGGCAAGUGGGUCCAGAACAAACAGAAGGUAGAAGUCUAUUUUGAACCAGAGGAUUACUUGAACUGGAAGUCUCCAGAAGAUUAUGUCCUGGUCUGCAAACCGCAGCAUAAGGGCGACCCCACCCAGCACACAUGGAGCCUCGUACUCCCUAAAACUUUCAGCACCAGAAAGGGAGUCCUGAUCCUCUACUCAGAAGGUUUGGCCCUAUCAGCAUGGACGCCCGGAGAGAGGAGAAAAGGCCCCUGGCGCCCCAAAGGCCACAGGGAAAGGCUGGGUCCGAAGCUGCUCACGCUUCGGGACCUCAGAGAAGCCAUCCUGGCUCACGAAAGGAGACAGGACACGUCGAUAGAGAACCACCAUCGUAUGCAGGUUUCAAAAGAAAACCACAAUGAAAAAACACAGCAAACCUCCAGGAGGGCCUUUGAGCAUGCCCACAUUGAUCACCCUUGGCUCAUGAGUGACAAACCCCACAUUACAUUCUAUGGCAACUCCUUCCCCAAUUGGGAGGCAGAUCUCAGCGACAAACAAGGGAACAUGAAACUCCACGUGGGCGGCGGCAGCCACUUGUCACAGGAGCCUCCUGCUGAAAGAUGUGUUUUCCCUCCUGUGGCCUCUGCCACUGACUCAGAAAAACACACACCUGGGGAGCUGAAGAAGAAAAAGGCUUCAAAGACCUUGAAAUUACCUCCUAUCUCCCAAGAACCACCCGGAGUCCUGGACCCCCUGAGGAGUCGAUUUAAAGCCAGAGAGCCCCCAGCAGAGCUCCUCGUCUUCCCAGUGGAGAUUCAUUUCCACACCCAGCACCCCUCAAAGGAGAAAGUGCACAGAAGAGGUGCUGCGCAUGCUGAGUCAGGACCAGAAACAGAAGAGCCCAGUCCUCCCCGGAGGCCUCCCCUGAAGCAUGCGUCCUCAGAAAGGCUGGCGGAGUUCACAGUCCAUCUCCCAGGGGACAUGGGCAGGGCCACACUCUCACCUCAAGAUGGAGACGCCGCAGCAGAGAAGGUGACCCCACCACUGUCCCUGAUCGAGGGAAGAAAAAGUCCAGAGGGCCAGAGGGGCCCGGAUGGCCUGAGGACGUCAGGCCACAGCAGCCCCGCAGGCCCCCUGAAUGUGAGCCGUUCCAGGGGCGCACUCCUAGCAGAAGGACAAGCAAACACUGAAUUUGGAACCGAUCUUCCCAUGGAUCUUAAUAAAACCUCACCUUUGACUGAAAAGCCAGAGAAGCAGGCAGCCCUGCGGACCUUCGAGGCAGCAGCUCAGAAGGCAGGAGAGCCUCAAAGUUGUAUAAAUAAAGGGCUGAUAUGUUCAAACAGAAAAGAAUUUUGCACGCGCAAGCUGCUCGUCGACAUGACACCGUUCCUGAAGGAAAGUGAAGAUGAACUGGACUAUCACCAAGAAGCAGGAGGACCCCUCAGAGAAGAUCAUCAGGACACCCAAGACCCAGAGCCCAGGAGUGUGACCCUGGACCCUCUCAGUGCUUCCUGGGCUGAAAACAUCCAGAGGCCUGAGGCAGACACUGUCCAAAAGGCGGGCAAAGAUGAUGACGUAUUCCAUCUGCACAGAAGACUCGCAGAACCUGGGCCUGAGUCCCCAGGGAGGUUGGGUCCUGUCGACACACCUCUUCUUCCAAAAAAAAAAGAAGGGAAGACGAAACCAAGAUUGUCCAAGCAGCAAACACCAGCCAGCAUCAGUCGUGAGGAGAUGGAGUCGAUUGACAAUGUCAAGAGAAAGAAAAGAACUAAGACAGACAAGUCUAAGGUGCCCAAUGGGGAGAGAGAAGGAAAGGUCCACAUAGAAACGAAGACUGUUGUUGGAAAGUCAAAGGACUCAAAGGCUAAAAAGAAACCAGAGCUAAUUCCCAAAGGAAAACAAUCAGGCGUCAAAAGGAAAAGGACACAGAAGGAAAGGAGGCGGGAAACAGCAGCGGAGCUGAGGGGGCCUGAUGUCUUCGACACCCAGGGAACAGAAGAAGGCACCCCAGACAGAGGUUUCCUUCCUUCGGGCUUUGAUGGAGAGGAGCCGUGGCUUUCUCCCAGAGCUGAUGCUCAGGAGAGCCAGGUUUCAAUAGAUGGAAGAUCACCGCCCACCCCGAUUGUGACUGUCACAGGAAACACGGAAUCAGAAGAAGACAGAAGCCACGGGGAUCCUCCAAAGGAUCUCCUGGCCAAGAGGGAGCAGGAGAAAGCUCUCUGGGACAGGCAGCGAGCAGAAAGGGCCGAGAUGAGACUGCUGGAGGUGGAGAGGAAGAGAAGGGAGCAGGAGGAGCAGAGACGGCUUCAGCAGGAGCAGCUGGAGAGGGCAGAGAAGAUGGAGGAGGAGCUGGAGCUGGAGCAGCGCCACCGCGCAGAGGAGAUCCGCUUGAGGAAACAGAAACAAGAGGAGGAGCGGCAGAGGCAGGAGGAGGAGCGGCAGAGGCAGGAGGAGGAGGAGAGAGAGCAGUGGCUCCAGCUGCAGGCGGCCCAGGAGAGGGCCCGGCAGCAGCAGGAGGAGUUCCAGAGGAGGCUGCAAGCGCUGCAGAGGAAGAAGCAGCAGGAGGAAGCCGCACGAGCUGAGGCAGAGAAGCAAAGGCAGCAGGAACUGGAAAUGAAGCUGGCCGAGGAACACAGGCGCCUGGUGGAAAUGGCUGAAGAAGAGCGGCUAGAGUACCAACGGCAGAAGCAGGAGGCAGAGGAGAAGGCUCGGCUGGCAGCAGAGGAGAGGAGGCAAAAGGAAGAGGAAGCAGCAAGGCUGGCUCUGGAGAAAGCCAUGAAACAAACCCACGAACGAGCCAGGUACUGGGCAAAAGUCUGCUUUGAGGAAACAUCUUCAUUUCUAUCAAGAACUCCACAAGGAAGCCAAUGGCCUGCAGUGGGCACACAACAUUUCCAGACCAUGGGUCUACUCUUACUUCCAGUUCCUACAAAUACCCAGACCUUAAGGCUAGAAGAAAACUAAAAAGUAAGUUGGGAGGUGGUAAAAGAAAAAGAGAAACUUCCUUCUCUAAUGAUGUUCCAUAUUGAACCCAGUUAGUUCCAUCUCGUCUUGUUCACCUCAACCCACACCUAACUUCCUCCCAUUCCCAACAAUCCUCCCUGCCACGAAUACCUUACUCAACCCAGUUAAACUCUUCACUCAUCUAAAUCCUUUACCCUCUCUAACAUCACAUGAAUUCAAUUCAGAAGCUUUGGUGCCUAAAAUUGACCCAAAAUUUCAUAAUUUGUUUGCAUUUCAGGAAAUUUCAGUAAGGCACUAACAUAAUCUUAGGCUAGUCCAAAUACUUCAUUUUCAUUAAUGUGUGAAAAAGUUGCAAGUAAAUGGAAAUUCUGUAAUGCAGAUUCUGAUUUAGCUAAGAGCAGCUCAUUCAUAUAUUAAGAAUUUUAUUAUAUUGUCUUUAUAAAGCAAAACCACAUCCACCUCAUCCUAAAAAUCAAAUGUCUAUUUAAAACAACGUAAUCAAUUGAUAAAUGUUCAUUUGAGCAAUAUGAGCUGCUUUGUGAGAGUAAUCUCACACCCUCAAAGUAUAGAUUCUAGAACUGCACUGUCCAAUAAACCAUGUCGCUAUUUAAAUAUAAGUUAAAACACUCAAUUCUCCAGUCACACUAGCCACAACUCAAGUGCUCAAAAACCACGUGUGGCUUACUAGCUACCAUACUGAACAGCACAAAUAUACAACAUUUUCAUCAUCACAGAAAAUUCUAUUGGACAGCACUGUUUUAGAACCCUGAAAAUUAACAAAUUUUAAGGUUUGCUCCCACCUGUGAUUUGAAGAAUAAACCACACACGUAAUUGUCCCAUUUUUUUAAAAAUCACACUAUCAGUAUCUAGGAUUGAUCAUGGAAUGAUUAUUAAAGAGGAGGAAAGAGCCUCAGCAAAUAUCUACAAAAGGAUACCAAAGCAAGCAUUAUCUGAACCUGAACUUUCCCACAAAUUUCCUUUGCCCUAUGCUAUACUUCAUGUCCACAGCUGAAAACUUAGUAUUUGCAGGGGAUUCCCUCAAAUUUCCCACUAAUGCCUGUAAGGUACUUGCUUCCUACAGGAACUGCACUUCUACAAUCCAGAAGUCAAACAUAAUUUUGAUUCUGUAUUGCUGUGUUGUUGAACUUAUUAGACUUGAUGCUUAUUUUUAACUAUGUUUUAUGUAAAAUAGCAAUAAAAUGACCCAAACAUUGGCUAUUAGUCAUAGCGAAUUUAAAUGUCAUGCACUUCUUAACUUUGUUGACCCUACUUACAU